AUGAUAGCCAAUAGCUAAAAUAAAAUUAAAUAAUUAAACUUAAGCUCUGAGGUUUAAUAAAAGGAAAGCGAAUUUUCAAGAUUAUAAACUUUUAAUUACUAGACUAAAGUAUCAGUUAGAUCUAUAAGCAAAUCAGCUAAAUCAAAUUCAGAAGAUUUAAAUAAUAUUAUCUAAAAAAAAGCUUUGAAAAAGACUAAAUUAUUGAUAUCAGUAAAAGAGAAACUUCCAAUGAUAGCGCAAGCCUAAAUGAGUUUCUUAAAAUAGUUAAUUCGUUCAGAUAUUAAAUCAUAGUAUUAGAUGAUUAAUAAUAGAAAAUACAAAUUUUUGGAAAUUUAAUUAGGAGUUGAGAUGUUUUUGAAAAAUGAAAAAAGAAAUAACGAUUUAAGGUAAGCAAUAAUUCGAUUAUUGUAAGAAAAAAUUUAAUUUUACUCUUAGUUUGUUAAUAAAAAAAUAUUGAACCACCAACAUCUUUUUGAUUCUGCUAAAAAAAUAAGUGGUUCAAUGCAUAAGAUUGAAUAAAAAUUGAAUUAAAGAUAUUAUCAAUAUCCAAGUCACAAAAUAUAGUCUACCUUAAUAUAUUUUUAGGCAGAAUUAUAAAACAAUUUUAUAGAAGCCCAUCGAAUAAAGAACUUAACAUCUAUAUCAGAAUAAUAAUUAAUUGAUAUUGAUUAAAGUUUAUAAGUUUCCUUAUUCUCUAAAGAUGUUAUUUAUAUAAAUGCUGUCCAAUUAGAAGAUUAAGGAGAUUUAUUAGUGAUGAAUUGCUCUGAAAAUACUUAAAAAUUUUUUGAAUUCAGCAAUGAACAAUAAAAACAAUUUACUUCUAUUAAUCGUAUUAUACCAGAUUUUAUCUUGAAUGUACACAAUAUUUUAGUAAGUAAAUUUAUUUAGACUGGAUAAGCAAAGUAUUAUUUAUCUUAUUUUCCAUCCUUUUAUAAAUCAAAAAAUAAUUUUGUUAAAUGUUUUGAUAUGUUAUUUGACAUUCAUUUCGAUGAGUAUUUUUUAUUCAGAUACUCGAUUUUUUUGCAGAAUACUUCGUCCAACUAAUCUUUUUUAUUUGUUGAUGUUAAUGAACAAUUAGGGGGAUUUACAGAAUCAUUUUUUGAAAAAUUAAAAUAUUCCAGUACAUUUAUUUCCUAGAUAUCUGAUUUUAAUUUAAAAAUGGUGAAUAUUAAUCUUAUAUUUCCUGAAUUCUAAACCAUAAUUAAAUAAUCAAAAAAUAGCAUUUAAACAGAGUUAAGAUUUAUAAAUCAAGAUGCAUUUUUUUAAUAUUUAGAACAAUCUGAUCAUAAACUAACAAUUUUUGGGCUUUGGAAUGACUCAAGAUGUAUUAAUUCAUACCUUGUUGAUCUAAAUAUUUAAUCUAAAAAUAUUUUGGAUUAUAACUAUUACAUAAUUGAAUUAAGAGAUUGUAUUUCUUUAAAUUAAGAAAAUCUGAUANAAAAAAGAAAUAACGAUUUAAGGUAAGCAAUAAUUCGAUUAUUGUAAGAAAAAAUUUAAUUUUACUCUUAGUUUGUUAAUAAAAAAAUAUUGAACCACCAACAUCUUUUUGAUUCUGCUAAAAAAAUAAGUGGUUCAAUGCAUAAGAUUGAAUAAAAAUUGAAUUAAAGAUAUUAUCAAUAUCCAAGUCACAAAAUAUAGUCUACCUUAAUAUAUUUUUAGGCAGAAUUAUAAAACAAUUUUAUAGAAGCCCAUCGAAUAAAGAACUUAACAUCUAUAUCAGAAUAAUAAUUAAUUGAUAUUGAUUAAAGUUUAUAAGUUUCCUUAUUCUCUAAAGAUGUUAUUUAUAUAAAUGCUGUCCAAUUAGAAGAUUAAGGAGAUUUAUUAGUGAUGAAUUGCUCUGAAAAUACUUAAAAAUUUUUUGAAUUCAGCAAUGAACAAUAAAAACAAUUUACUUCUAUUAAUCGUAUUAUACCAGAUUUUAUCUUGAAUGUACACAAUAUUUUAGUAAGUAAAUUUAUUUAGACUGGAUAAGCAAAGUAUUAUUUAUCUUAUUUUCCAUCCUUUUAUAAAUCAAAAAAUAAUUUUGUUAAAUGUUUUGAUAUGUUAUUUGACAUUCAUUUCGAUGAGUAUUUUUUAUUCAGAUACUCGAUUUUUUUGCAGAAUACUUCGUCCAACUAAUCUUUUUUAUUUGUUGAUGUUAAUGAACAAUUAGGGGGAUUUACAGAAUCAUUUUUUGAAAAAUUAAAAUAUUCCAGUACAUUUAUUUCCUAGAUAUCUGAUUUUAAUUUAAAAAUGGUGAAUAUUAAUCUUAUAUUUCCUGAAUUCUAAACCAUAAUUAAAUAAUCAAAAAAUAGCAUUUAAACAGAGUUAAGAUUUAUAAAUCAAGAUGCAUUUUUUUAAUAUUUAGAACAAUCUGAUCAUAAACUAACAAUUUUUGGGCUUUGGAAUGACUCAAGAUGUAUUAAUUCAUACCUUGUUGAUCUAAAUAUUUAAUCUAAAAAUAUUUUGGAUUAUAACUAUUACAUAAUUGAAUUAAGAGAUUGUAUUUCUUUAAAUUAAGAAAAUCUGAUAUCAUUUCAAAUUAAUAAAUCAUAAAACGAUAUCGAGAAAAUGUUUUCUUUGAGUAAAUUAACAGAAUCGGAAGCACAAGCUCACCAUGCAAAUAAUUUAAAGAUCAAAUCCAUCCUAUUAAAUUCGAUAGAAUAAUAAUUAUAAUCUUAAGAAGUAAUUUUAACAUCUAAAAGACCUGCUGUGUAUAUACAACACAUCCCUUAAUAAGAUUUUGAGCCAAAUAUAUUAAGUCCAAAUUCCAGUUAAAUAGGAUUGAAUGAGAUAUCUUAUUCAAAAUAACCUUAAUCUUAGCAACAAGAUUAUUUUAAUUAAAGUGUUCGUGAUAAUUCUUAUAGUCUGUAAAAAUCGAUUUUAUAAAUAUAAAAACAAGAUAUUCUUCCGAAUGAAUAAAAAGAAGAUUUUUAUGAAGAAUAAUUUAAGAAAAAUACUUCUCUCACUUCCAAGUAAACUGGUAUUCAGAAAUCUUAAUUUUACAAGAAAUAUGAACUCAUACAUGAUUAAAACUUUUCAUAGGUUCCAGCAUCUAUGAAUAAAAUAUUAUUGUUUAUUCUGUCUAGUUUAAUCAUAAGUCUUAUUUUUUAUAUAGUUGUACUUAAUUUGGUUUCAUAGGACUUAACUAGAUUUAUAGCUGAAAUUGACAUGAUAUAAUUACAUUCUGGAGUCAUGGUACCUCAUGAUUUCUAUUUUCAAAUGAGAUUUACUAUAUUUACAUACACAGGAUUUUUAAAUAAUAAGAUAAUAACAAAGGAAAGAUUUAACAAUUUAACAGAUCUUUUAUAUACUAAUAUGCAUGUUGGGUAUGAUGAAUUCAAAAAUGGAUUCACAGAACAAUUAAAUAAUCAAUAUCUUUAACCAUUUUAUAAUGAUAAAAAUGUAACUGUUUAUUACAUGUACGAAUUUGGUCUAAACACUUAUCCAGUAACCUAUAAUGUUAGAGAAGUAUUUUUCACUUUUCUAACUUAUUAUUAUGAAUUUCUUUUGAGAUUUUAAGCCAGACUAAGUCCGGCAAAUUAAACUUACUAAGUAUUUUAAUUUGCAAACGCAUUCUAAUUGCAUAAUCUUCUUGAAAGUUUAGCUUAAGAAGCAUGGGAUUAUUCGAAGUAGAGAAGUAUUACAAUAAAGGAUAAAUGGAAUGAAAUUUGGAUGAUUUUUUUAAUCUUUAGUUUUUUACCAAUAGCUUUAGCCAUAUAUUAUGUAAGAAUUUAUAGAUAGUUACAUGAUAAAUACUUAAAUUUAUUUAGAUAUUUUUCAAAUAUCAAGGUUUAAAGGGAGAUUGAUAAAACUAAGAAUUUAAUUAAGCAAUUAAAGUAAAAUCCAGAUCGUUUGUAUCAUUACAAUUUUGAGGUAGAACAAUUCGAAGAAUAAAUAAUCUACGAGAAAGGAAUAAUAGAGAAAGAAUAGCAAAAGUAUAGGGAGUCGAAAUACUUACCAUAAUUUAAGUAAUUACCAAUAACCUUUUCAGUUAUAAUUCUAUUAGGAGUUUGGAUAUUGUUUUUUUUAUUUAGUUUUUUUAGUAAUUAGUAAGUUUAAUUAUAUUUGAACAAAUAUCCAAACUCAUGCGACCUUUAUAAAUUUUUGUAAAAUAUGUCAUUAAGUACUGGGUCUCUUCCUAGGAAUAGAGAAUUUAAAUUAUCAUUUCCAACAUUCCCCUAUAUAAGAGAAUAGGAUAGCGUUUUAUUUUAUGAGACUAUAAAAGAUAGUUUGAAUGAUAUAUAAGAAUUUCUUAAAUUGAGUUUAAAUUUUAAUCCAGACUUAUAUUACUCAUCAGAAGGAUUUUAUGAAUAUUUCAAUGACAUUCAAUCAUAAAAUGUAUGUGAUGUUUUAGGGAAAGAGUAAGUUGGGUUUUUGAAUUAUUAUUGUAAUGUUUCUUUUAAUGGAAAUUUGAAAUUGGGUUUGCUGCCCACAAUCAAAUAUAUAUUUAAUUAAAUAUAACAAGAACAGUCAAUUACUAACUUUACAAAGAGAAUUGAAUAUGCAUAUUUAGAAAUGGAGGGAGGCUUAAUAGUAAUAAGAGCAUUUUAACAUAUGAGUAGAGUAUUUAAGAAUGGUAUGGUGACUAUCACCUAAUAAUAGAUCAAUAUAUCAAAUGUAUAAUAUGAAAUAAAUUAUAGGCUCUGUCUAUAUGUUAUAUAAUUUUAAAUGUUCUUUUAAUUAUAUAUUUUUCUAGUAUCUUACCAUCGAUAAUGAUUAAGGAAUUGAUUAAAGUGAGAAGAUUUGUACUGAUAGUUCCAAGAACAGUGUUAUUGUUAGAUGAUCAAUUUGAACGUCAUGCUCGAAUGAUAGGAGUAAAUGAGAAAUAUUGA